AUGUUUGCUCUUUCCCAAUGUGUCUCGUUUGCCAUAGACCCAAUGACGUAUAAUACCUACAUUGCGAGAUGCUUCAAUGUUGCUUUCUUGAAAAAAUCAGCCAUCUUCCUCUCCCUGCUCACCCAAUUUUGUGGCCAUUUGAUCAGGAAACGGACCUCUCUUAAUACACUAGCUGAAGAUUUUCUUUACUACUCCACGAUCAUGGCUGGUCGUGAAAAUCAACGAUUCCGAGGCCCAGGCCAUACCAGCAAGCGAGGCGGUUCGAGCAACUUCGGAAGACGUAGCCAAAGCGACAAUAUCUGCAGGCAAUUUCAGCGUGGGAAUUGCACCUACGGCUCAGCUUGCAAGUUCUCUCACGACUUGGCAAGAGCUAGCGGAUCCGAACCCAAUCCCAUAGCUGAUGAUCCGAGCUCCCGGAGACGAUAUUAUGACUGGAAGUCGAUCCUGAGAAGAAGCCCUCUCGGUGCCAAGUACCAGAGAGGACAGGAAGAAAUACUACGACUGUGGCGAGGAGCGAUUGAUAUCCUUGAAGGUGAAAAUACAGGAGACCAACAGUCUCUCAUCAGGGACCUCGUGGAUGAUGAUCUUGAUGGACACGCGUUCAUUCUGGCAACUAUCGAUACAGCUCGCCAAAAUUGGAGUCGCUCUAUUCCUGGAUAUAUUGAGCUGUUUCUCAAGGUUAUCACCCAUUCUUCCCUAUUGGAUUGUCUCUCCGUUGAUUCAUUUGUUGGCACUAUGUACGCAACCUUUGCCGGCCCGAAUGGAGACCGAGCAAUCGGGUUUCUGGAAAGUGUUUGUCGCUGCAUGACAAACAGCCGUGAGAAGAAUGGCAACAUCGGGUCUCUCGUCACUCUAGAUAUGGUGAAGUUGCUAUUGAAUGUCCUGUAUCAGCUUCUGCACAGGGUCCGACGGGCACGAUUUCAUGAUGACCUUCCUUCGCUUCUCGGCUCACUGUAUGAUUUGGCCCACAAAAUGAUCGAAGUAUGCUCUAAAGCCGACCUCGAGGCGCUUGACAACAAAAUUGAAAUCAUGCGAAAUGUGGUCGCGAGCGCAAAACGCAGUCUUGUUCCACCCAAAGCACCUGCAGAGAAUGGUCACAGGACUCGGAGUGGACUAGCUCAGUCAACAUUUCCAAUGAACAUGGAAAUCCCUGGUGGCAGACACGACAAUGAUCUAGCAGAGAUCUCACAGAUUCGAAUUCUUCCGACACAAGGAGAAAUUGUCAGUGACAACUCAGAAUAUUUACCAUCUACGGACUUCUCUCAGCCACACUUCAUCGAAGAUCCUAUGAUGAGAUACAUUGACUCUACAUUCCGAAUUCUGCGCCAUGACAUCUUCGGUACUGCUAAAGAUGUACUUCGGGAUUUACUGCAGCAAAAUGGUUCAACCCCUUACCUACCGAACAAUGAUAGCAGGGCGCAUAUCUACAAGACAUCUCAUGUCCAGAAUAUCUUCGUUAACGGAAGAAAUGAGCUCGAAGCAACAGUAUCCUUCUCUGCCCCGUCACAACUGCACAAAAAGCCCGUUGCCGAGCAAUCCAGAUGGUGGAAAGAUUCCAACCGACUAGAAGAAGGGAGCCUAGUGUGCUUCUUGACUUCUGAAGGCACUAAAAAAAGGCUGCUUUUUCUCGAAGUCACAACUAAGUGCUCCUCCCAAGAACAACCAAACAAAGUAAAGAGCACUCUUGUCUCCGGUCGAUAUCCACCUAGCAUAACGGUGAAGCUUGCGACAUGUUUGCAACAAGAACUAAAUCUGCUCGGUCAAAUUUACACCGAGAAAAUCUCAGGUACCCUGGUUGACUUCCAUGGUCUCAUUCCUGCAACGUUUGCACCGAUCCUGAGAAAUCUACAGCGUGUUCAGCGCGAGGGGGAGUUGGCAUUCCAGAAAUGGAUCUUGCCAGGCCGAAACGAGAACAAGGGGAGGACCAAUAUACCUCCACCACCAUACGCCCGAAAACUGGGAUUUGUCUUUCCCUUCCGUUCGAUCAUAAAAGAUAAAGCUCACGAUAUCAAGCUCGACCCAUAUUUCCCAGAGUCUCUCGACCUCAAAGAGCUGGAAGUUUUGACUAGUCUCGACCAUGGGCAGUGUCAGGGACUUGUUGCUGCUCUUACUCGAGAAUAUGCAAUGAUCCAAGGUCCCCCGGGUACAGGAAAGUCUCAUGUUGGGGUCAAGCUUCUUCAAGUUCUCAUCUCUAUCAAACGAAGCGCAAAGCUGGGACCAAUUGUCGUGAUGUGCUACACUAACCAUGCCUUGGACCAAUUCUUGAAGGACCUUCUGGCUAUCGGUAUUCAAAAGAUCAUACGCAUUGGAGGCCGCAGUCAGACAGCUGAGCUGGAAGGCAAGAACCUUCGCGUUGUUAGCGGCAGCAUCAGCAAGACAAAGGUAGAGUCACGAACCCUCGGCCAAACUUACAGCGAGCUUGAGGAAUGUAUGGAAGUUGCUGGGUGUUCCAUGAAGCAUCUACACCAGUCCCCCAAAGGGCCCACCUGGAAAGGGAUGCAGCAAUUUUUGCGAAACUAUUGGCCCAUGAUACAUAGACAGCUGGAUCUGAUAGAUGUGGAGGGGUUUCAGAAAGUCACCAAUGACCCCUUGUUAGACUGGCUGGGGGUCAAAUCGACAAAUCGCCUGAAAGCUAAGGAUGCGGAUGAGGCUGACACUGAACGGUUGGAAAACUUGACACGGACUGCUGAGAAAAAUAUCUAUGACCUAUCGAAGCCAGAGCGCCGAACUCUUGCAAAGAGCUGGUUCAACGCCGAGAGCUUGCGUGCGAAGAUCAACGCUGUCUAUGACGAGAUAAACCGGCGAGCGCUGGUCCAAGCCGACGUUGUUAGUAUCACUACAACGUCUCUCGCACGAAAUAUCGAGACAUUACGCCGCAUAGGCGCAAAGGUUAUCUGGGAGGUUGAUAUAGCGACCGCUCUUGUGCGCCAUCUCGUCCGACAGGGAGAGUACAGCACCAAGGAUAUUGCUCUCCUGACUCCAUAUACCGGCCAACUGCGGAAGCUUAGGGCAUCGCUCAGCAAUGAUUUCGAAAUAUGUCUCAGCGAGCGGGAUUUGGAGACCUUAGCAGCCGAGGGUCUUAGAGUGGGCACAGAUGAGCCUCCUCAGCUAGGAUCCCACAAACUAAUCAAAAGGAAAACACUUCUUCAGACGCUCCGCCUUACUACUGUUGACAACUUCCAAGGCGAAGAGGCAAAGGUGAUCGUCGUCUCCCUUGUUCGGAGCAACUUGAAAAGCAAAGUUAGCUUUCUACGCACCGAGAAUCGUAUUAACGUGCUUCUCAGUCGAGCACAGCACGGGAUAUACCUAAUUGGAAAUUCGGAGACCUACCUCAAUGUCCCAAUGUGGGCUGAUGUUCACGCUCAGCUCGCCCAUAUGAACGCAGUGGGCACGGAACUGGGGCUGUUCGAUGUUUACACUCGGCAUGUGGCUCUAUCUGCGGAGAGGCAUGUGCACCAUGUAUCGAGAAAUGCACUUGGGUUUGUCCUUAUCAAGGCUCCUGCUCAAUGCCAUGUGCAGCACCUUGUGACCGACUUCUAUGUGACGAGCGAUGCACCGAAAUUCUCAACUGCGGCCAUUAGUGCCCGAGUCUUUGCGGAGAGGAGUGUCCAAGUGAAAUCCUAUUCUGAAAUCAACCUCGACGAGAGUCCAAUUGUGGUGCUUGGAUGUGGUCAUUUCUUUACCAGUGAGUCGGUCGAUGGUCUAGUCGGCCUGGAUGAAGUGUACACAAGGGACGGAUCUGGCAAGUUCGACGGCCUGCGAGAUUUCUCUGCUUCGCUAGCCACCAUCAUACCAUCGUGCCCUGAUUGCAAACAGCCCAUUCGUCAGUUCGUAACAAAACGAUACAAUCGUGUCAUCAAUCGAGCUGUUAUGGACGAAACAUGCAAACGAUUCUUAACGCAAGGACGCAUCGACCUCGAAGCCCUUAAUUCUCGUUUGAACACCAUCACAGACGCGCUUGCUGCCAAAGACACAAAGGUACAGCCAAUAACCAGCCUUACGAAAGAGCAGAUCAAAGUACGAGAUGGGCGAUUAGUGAACAUUGCAAAGCAAGCUACAGCCCUAAGUAAAAUGAUGGAUGAAGAGCACCAACCCGCGAAGCGGCUUAAUGAUGCUAUUGCUUUGUGCCAGAAACCACCCAGUGGCGAAGACACAUCUAUCUCUAGCCAACUUGGAAGACUGAGAACAUCAACUCCAAGACCUGACAACCAGAUAACUCUUGGGGCACGAUUGAUCUCUAUCAAGGCCCGAGAAUUCGCUCUUCACCAGAAGUUCAGCCUCUUGAACCGAAAUGCGAGGGUUGAGCAGACAAUACUUAUUGUUCACCUUAAUCAGUGCACAAUACCGUUCUUGAAGGACUGUCGGGAAUUGAUCAUCAAAGCCAAGGAGGGGAGCCUCUUCCGCAUUGUCAUCACUGCAACCCUUGCGUUUACUAAAAUAUCCGAACUAUUUGGAUGGUGCCAUCGCACUCAUCCAACGACCGGAAAGGAUAUACUUGGUCCAAAAAGACGGAAGAGUCCGGGGUUACAAUCGCAUGAUGACCGCAGGAAUAUGGCACGUGAGUUCCUUGCCGAUGCUUUGGAUCUAUGCGAUCAAUUGGGAAAUUGUGAGGAGCUUCGAGAGAGGGUUCGGGAAAUGAAUCGUCUCUUUGAAGCGCGGUACGAAGAGGUGACGCCAGAGGAGCUUGCAUCCAUCAAGAUUGCCAUGGUUGGCGGGCGAUCAGGCAUGGCGACUAACUCUGGGCAUUGGUACAAUUGUAUCAAUGGACAUCCUUUUGCCAUUGGCGAAUGUGGUAUGCCGAUGGAGCUAGCCAAAUGUCCUGAAUGUGGAGCGAGUAUCGGAGGACAAAAUCACCAGGCAAUUGAGGGUAUCUCUCGAGCGGAGCAUAUGGAAUAG